AUGCCCAUUCGCAAUCCUUUUGCUCGUCGCACCGGCACUGCCACCGCACACGACGAGAACCUGCACCCCGAGCGAGAAAACCCCCAUCUAGGCUUCGAGCGUGUUGAUACCGUCGGAUCCAAAGCUUCGUCAGCCCUCAGCAUUCGGAGCACAAGGAGCCAUGAUACUGGCGAGUACAAGAUGAGUGCUCGGUCACCCGUAAUUUCCCACGACGGUCUCGGACGACAGAGCCUAGACUCUGCUCGGUUCCGUCGUCUUCCCAGAGCAGCCAUUGACCGCAAGUUUGAGCGCGAGCCUCCCACCGCCGAGGAAGGAUUCGAGGAUGUCGGUUUAGACGACUACAAGCAGCAGCCCCGGAAGCGCGGCUUCUUCUCCAAGCUGACCGAGUCGCAAGAUUCAAACGGUCAACCGACUGUGUCCCGGUUCCUGAUGCCCGGACGCAAGCGCGGCCAAAGUGGCCAAGGCUCGGAACUUGGGACCAUGGACUUUCCCAAGGUAUCUGAUGAGACACGAAACUAG